AUGCAACCAAUUUCUAAAAUUGACUGGGACAAAGGUGAUAAGGAUGGGCUUGUCUCCGUCGGUUCCCACAACCUAUAUCUGUCCGUUUCGGGGCCAGAUCGCAAGCCUGGAAAGCCUAUCGUCGUUCUCAUGCAAGGCGUUGGCAGCACGAUCGAUGAGUGGGUUGUAGUGCGAAAGCUUGUGGUUCCAUUUGCUCGUUGGUUGAACUAUGAUCGUUCAGGGAUGGGUAGGAGUGAAGGUCCCAACCAGACACCACCAAGCAUAUCUGCAGCAUCAGUCGCAGCAGAGCUUGAUACCCUUCUUAGGAACGCCGGUAUUGAGCCUCCGUUUAUCAUUGUCGCUCACUCGUGGGGAGGCUAUACUUCUCGCGAGUUUCUGGAACUCAGGCCCAAUGAUGUCGUGGGCAUGGUGUUCGUGGAUUGCAAUACUGAACGUUUCUUUGACAGUGGUGCGUGGGGUUGGGACGUUUUCUAUCCAGUCCUCGGUGGCCAAGAUUUUGUUGAAACCACCGGUCUUGUAACUUCCCACGUCCUAUCCGAGGAGGAGUGGAAAGCUGUCAAAGACGAGCAGGCUGAUCCCCGACAUCAAGCCACCGAGGCUGCUGAGAUGCAGGCGGUGGCGAAUGACAGACGGGCAUUGGACCACAAGAAUCAACUCGAAAAGCUACUUCUCAAGGAUUAUCCGGUCAGUGUCAUCAUUGCGGAUACACCUAAAGAUUUUCAGAAAAUGUAUGACUUUGGAGUGGCCGCAGGCAAUGGAACAGAACAAGAACGGGCUCUGUUUCGAGAAUGUCUCAAUAGAUGGCGCGAGAUGAAUGAGGACUGGCAAAGAGAGCUUUUGAGGCUUUCUCGUCUCAGCAGAUCUGUCCGUCUGCAUUGCAGUCACAAUGUGCAGCUUUUACAACCACAGAGCAUAAUUCAAGAGAUACAGUGGACCAUGGAUAGCUGCAGAUAA